AUGCCGGUGGCAGAGGGAUGGAUUCAGCUGCAACGCGAAGUCUGGGAGUUGGACGCCGAAAAUGCAGGGCUCGACGCAGACAUCGAGGCUUCACUGCGGCGGCUGGCGACUCUGCGUCGGCGGGAGGCAGAGCUGCUCUUCGGACUACGGGCCCUGCGCCGCGAGGCGUCCCAUGCGGCCUCCGCAACCGCGGCCUGGCCGCCCACUUUCAGCGCCUCGGCUGUUGAGCUGGAGGCGGUGCUGGGGAGAGGUCUGGCCAAUGCCUGGGCAGAGUUGGUUACGGCGCUGGUCCCCGAGAGGCUGGGUGACCUGGCGCGGACGCUGCAGCGGCCAAGCCGAGAGGUCCUCGGCCACAUGGCCUCAGCGCUUUGCGCCCCUUCGGCGCCAGCAUUGGAAAUGCUCCUCGCAGCUGAGGUGAAGGCACUUCCCGCGGGCGCGAACGUCGCUGCAUCUUUUCUUGCAGAAGGCAGCUUUUGUGGUGCCCUUCUGCCAGCCUUGACGAUCGACGCUCCGGAAGUGGAGGCCUGGCUCCGCGAGGCCUUGUCUGGCGAGGCCAUGGAUGCAGUGGCGUCACUGCUCAGUGCGGAGAGGCUAAGGCGGCCAAGGUCCACACGACGGGUCAGCAAGGCUUGGUCUCUGCAGGAGAGCGCAGCGUCAUCCCGGCGCUCCUCAAAGCUCUCACAGCUACCGGAGUCCCCGGAGUUGCCUCCUCGAAUAAGCAUCGCCACCUUCAUCGGUGAGGCAGUGCCGGAGCUGCCAACUUCACCAAAGGCGGCUGCGACCGCCGCCGAGUCGCUGCCUAGCCGGCGAGAAGUGGAAUUGGCUGAUCAGUCUGAUUCGCCUGGCCAGGUCAAGGAUAAACGCGACAAUGCCGACAGCCGGAUCUCAGGACGGCCGGCGGUCGACGUGGGAACUGUGGCUGAUGCCCUGGUCCGGAGCCUGGUUGCCGCGACCGAGGCCGCGCCGCCCUCGCUGUGCCGUGUGGCUGCGGCACUCGAGGCGUGCCUUGCAGAGCGCAGCAAGGAUGUCCUUGGAGUGCUGCUGAUAUCAAACUGGCUGGCGCCAGCUUUGCUUACACCGAGCUUGGGCCUAGGCCUUGGGCUCGCGAAUGCUACGCUGCCUUUGUUGAAUGCCAAUGAGAACGGUGCGCGGGCGCUGCUUAUCAGCCUGGCAAAGCUCCUUAAAGCAGCGGCUCAGCCUUCACUUUCUGCAGAUGCCGAAGGUGAUGCCCAUUCGCGGGCACAGCUGCUGCGCGAGGAUUUGUUCGAGCCCCUCAUCCGUAGGGGCCGACGCCUUUUGGAGGAGGCCCAGCCAAACAGCGAGGUUGAGCUGCCCUGCUGUGUUGUUUGCCGCACGGCAGACAUUAUCACCUUGGGGUGCAGCUUGGCAGCUGCUGCGGACGCGGCCGCUGAGGUGUUGCAGGUGGAUGUGGACCUCAUCGCGGCUCUGGGGAGAAGGCCGACCUCGGGUUCGGCAAGCCCAGGGACCACAGUGCUGUGGCUCCGCCGAGGGAAGCUAUCCCGCCCGAAAAGGCCGCCGCGACAGCCGCAGGAGGCAGAGGACCGCGCUCGGUUUGAGAGCUUCGAGGGCUCCCUCAGCCGGCCUCGGCAGCCCAGGGGCGAAGAGCAACGGCAGAGUGCGCUGCUCUUGCUUCGGCAGUUGCUGUCGGAGCCGAAAACUCUUUGCGGCACCAUGGCUGGCACCAGCGCUGAGGGCUCCCUCCGUGCAGCGCUCCGGGCUGCGCGCCGCAAAGGGGGCACCUGCAAAGGUGAAGAGCUCUCGCGCCAGCUGAAGAUCGAGCUCCUUGAGGAAGCCCUGCAAGACCCUGCGGCCGCUUCGAGCAGCUCUUCCACGACGCCGCAUGCCACGCCCGUCAGCGAAGAGGAGCUCUUCCAGUCGCUGCAGGAAGAGCUCGAUCAGGGACGUGCAGCACAAACCGGUCGAAGGCGAACCGCCGUGCGCCUCCAGGUCGCACGCCGAUUGGAUUCCGAGCGGUGCAGUGAGGUGUCGCGAUGCCUGCGCUGUGUGGCUGAGGCUGCCUGGUCGCUUCGCUUCGGUGUUUGCUUGGCCGCACUGUGGGCCCCUGCUGAGAGAGGUGGGGGCUCCCCAGCUCUACCGGAGCUUUGCGUGUUCGGGCCUCUUAGCAGAGCUCCGCCUUCAGCUGCUCGGCCUGGCGAGAGGCGGCGAUCUGUCUUCUUCGGCAACCUGAUGAAGGAUGACACAGCGUCCGAGUCCGCGCUGCCUGCCGCAGUGCGGGUCGUACGGCGAACAUAUUGCCCCUUCCACCGCAUGGCUGCUGUUGGCGCCAGCAUUGGCGUAGAAGGGCUGGCGAACGACACCAGUAUGCGGCACUAUGCCGUGAAGAGCCUCAGAGACGUCGUGGUGGCGCUUCAGAGAAUGCCCAUCCAUGGCGCCUUGGUCGACGACCCACUGGGAGUGGCGCCCGCGCUUGAGGAGCUGGUGGCUUUAAUUGUGGAGGUCAUUGCUGCGCAAUGCAAGCUCUCCCAGUUCCAAGGUGCGGCUCAAGGCUUCCAGGUGACGGAGGACGAGGAGGAGUGGGCGCAGCCUUGCAAGCUGAUCCAAGGGGAUGAGCUGCACCUUUCGGACUGCGUCUCGAGGUUCCUCUUCAACCAGCUGCAUUUUCGGCUUUUUCCGAGCGAGCCGACAGUGAACGACAUGAGGCUCCGCGCACAGAUCUCCCGCUUCGCCUGGCUUCGGCCGAGGCACCUCGAUCUUCCACGCUCGCUGUCUGACACUGAACAGGCAGCAGAAGCAGUCUCUCAGCUGCGGCGUUUGCACGAGUUGCGAAGUCCCGCCGAAAUCCUGGCGGCACUGGCCAGAGCUUUUCGUGUAGUCACGGAGGCCGCCUGCCUGAAGUCUCAGCUGACUGCUGCCUUAGAUGGAGGCAUGCUAGGAAAAGCUCGCUCAGAGGAUGAUGCGUUCGGCGCAGACGAGGCUCUUCCACUCUUCAUUCUGAUUAUGGUACGUGCGAAUCCGCCCAUGAUGGCCAGUGUGCUCAGCUAUGCGGAGAGGUUCACAGCCCGUCAGCAGCUGCGAACGGAGCAGGGCUACGCUUUGGCCCAGGCGCAAGCUGCGGUCUCCUUUGCUGCGACACUGCAACGGCAGGCGCUCUCCAACCUGUCUCCCGGUGAGUGGGAGCGGCACAUCGAGGGCGAGGACGUGAACACGGAGAGUUAA